AUAAAUUGGACAAGGUAGCGCUUGACCUUUCAAACAGGUAUCAGCCCGAUCCUCCGUCGCUGAUACACUCUCACGCAGCUCAUGGGCUGCCAGAGCACAGCGGCCCGUAUAGAUUGCCGAGCACAGGUCCGAGGCAGGAGGCAGAAUCGCUGUAAACGCCGAGGUUCCUACUUUGAGCCCGCGGAAGAGGAAAUGGCAGCGCUGCUGUGCCCAAGGCCCACGCCAUUCUUGGGAGCCAAGCCUCUCCCCGCUUUUGCCUCGACAUGCUCUUGUUCCGUGCACAAGAGCCAAAGGCUCGUGGUUCGUUGUCAAGGAGGUCACGACAACAGCAACCCACUCAGUGGACUCAGAGCAUCGGUAGAUAAAGCCACAAAGAAUCCUGUCACUGACGAUGACGUUCUUGUAAGUCAAUUCGAGAGCCAGGCCGAGAAGCAGUCCGUGUUAGGAGCUGUUCCGAACUCCAACUCCAUGUAUGCCCGGCCAGAGCGGGAGAGACGGGCGGAGACUGUAUCGCGAUCAUUUGGUAGUAUAUUCGCAUUGGAUGGAGCUGCACCAGAGGUCAUCAACGGGCGACUGGCAAUGCUUGGAUUUGUGUGGGCUCUCAGCGCCGAGAAAUGGACCGGUCUGACCGUGAUUGAGCAGAUCUACAACCCAACUACCUCUGGCCUAGUCUUCUUCGUUGGAGCAGUUCAGGUUUUUACUUAUGCCUCCAUGAUCCCAAUUAUGAAUGGAGAAACGACUGAUGCUCGAAGCUGGGGUCCCUUCAAUGCCCGAGCGGAGCGCUGGAACGGGCGUCUCGCUAUGAUCGGCUUUGCUGCUUUGAUCGUCGACGAGAUGAUUCGGCAGGGAGCCCUCAUUCACUGAUUCAAAGCCGGAUGUCCAUGCGGACUUUGUAUAGAAAACAUGCCGUUUAGUCGUUAUGGUCCUUAUCGCAGUCCACAAACAGCUCAGAGAUGUUUUUAGCUCUUGGGCAGGUGAGGAUGAUGUACGCCUCUCCAUCUCAAGUCCGUGAUUGUAUAAGAGUACGUGCAGUGUAUUCGUGAAGGUGAGUGUUACUUGACUAGCAAAUGUCAAUCUUUUAUACCAGUCCAAGGAAAGUGUAAAUAGUGGUAAAGGAUUUAGUGCACACACAAUCUCAGAAGGCAUUUGACGGCCCACCAAAUAUUUAUGCAAACCUUCCAUCUAUGUAUGAUAUUUCAGUGUUGGCC